ACCGCUAGCUUAAGUCCCUGCUCAGAAAAUUGAACAGGCUAUUGGAAUUAAGGGAGUAGUCAAAAUACCACUGCUUGGAAUUCUACCCAUAAGAAAGAGGACGGCAAAGGAUGGAGCUGCUUAAAUACUGCCGAGGAAGCCGCAUCCGAAGUCUUGCUUCCACUGUCGGGUCAGCUCAGGUGCUGUUGCUGUUGCUGGCCAUCGUGUGCAGUCGUGACAUUGGCGUAUCAGGACAAUCGCUAGCAGUGCCAGGCUUGCCAAGGUGUCUCUCUUACCCAACCCAGUGCUGUGGUAAGCCACAGUGUCUCGAUACACAGUCGCCAACGUUCCUGGCGGAAAUCAAGGCCUACAGCGAUAAGUGUGGCGAUCCGAAGAAGAACUGCCAUCCAUUCUACUACACGGUAUGCAGUCUCAAUUGCACGUCUUCUCAAUGCCAGGGGUCCGGGGUCUACACCCUGCCCACAUCUAGACCGGGCGUAACCACGUCCAGCGCCGGGCGACAAGAUGCAUCCAGUAUUCCGCUAUGCGCUAUAUCAGCAGCGAUUUGUGCCUUGGCUGUUGCUUCCGGGGUUUGAGUGCACCAUCAAGGCUUCAGCACCAUCAUUCUCUUCUCCAACAAAUUACAGUUCCUGCUUCCUUUGCACUGGCAAAUCAAAUGUAUUUUGUUUGCUCCAGGCAUGGACAGCACUCACAUUAAUUUUUAUCAUCACCAAGUACAUUAUGGUUGUCUUGUGCAUUUUGAAAUCGCACCUUUUCAUUUCACACGCUAGUAUUUGCAGCAUUGAAGUAUUUUAAUUAUAGACUGCUCCUUCAUCAUACCGGCACAUUGUAUGUGGUGUACUAGUAGGGUAAAUAGUACAUAUUCAACUCCCAUUAUUGUUGCGUGUUUUGUGCUGUUGAUAGACUUUUAAAUACUAGUACCCCACAGUUUAAUUGUACUCAAAGAACUUUAUUCCUGAAGCUAUGCAAAGAGCGUUACGUAA